AUGUCGGUUAACGCUGCUAGCAUGCUUACCCUCGGGGGAGAAAGGACGAGUGGCGAAUCUGUUCGCAAACAAAAUGUUCUUGCUGCUUGCUCAAUUGCUAACAUCGUUAAGACCAGCCUAGGUCCUGUCGGUCUUGACAAAAUGCUGGUAGAUGACGUUGGAGACGUGACAAUCACUAACGAUGGGGCUACUAUUUUGAAAUUACUUGACGUUGAGCACCCUGCAGCAAAAAUUCUUGUUCAGCUCGCGCAAUUACAAGAUGAAGAGGUUGGGGAUGGGACAACAUCUGUUGUAAUUUUGGCUGCUGCACUGCUCAAGAAUGCAGACGAAUUGAUUUCUCGUUUUGUUCAUCCUACCAUAGUAAUCAAUGGUUAUCGGUUGGCCUGUCGAGAAGCUUGUAAGUACAUACAAGAACACAUGGCGUAUGAUGUAAAUAAGCUGGGUAAGGCUGGGUUAAUAAAUGUGGCACGAACCGCCAUGUCAAGCAAACUUAUCAAUUUAGAUGCUGACAUGUUUUCACAAAUGGCUGUAGAUGCACUUAUGGCUGUUGAAGUCUCUGGAGGCCCCAAAGGUCCUGUUUAUCCCAUAAAAGCAGUUAACAUUCUGAAAGCCCAUGGGCGAUCAAUGUCAGAGAGCAUUUUGAUAGAUGGUUAUGCUCUCAAUUGCACAGUUGCCAGUCAACAAAUGCCGCGAACGAUAAAAAAGGCGAAAAUUGCUUUUCUGGAUUUCAGCUUACAAAAAGUUAAAAUGAAACUGGGAGUUCAAGUUGUGGUUAAGGAUCCUGCCCAACUGGAGGCCAUCCGUCAACGCGAAGCUGAUAUCACAAAAGAACGUAUACAAAAGAUUCUUAAUGCUGGUGCUAAUGUCAUUCUUACAACUGGUGGAAUCGACGAUUUAUGCAUGAAAUAUUUUGUUGAAGUUAAUGCUAUGGCUGUACGUCGAUGCAAAAAAGUUGAUUUGAAAAAUAUGGCAAAAGCAACAGGAGGUCAACUUAUUGUUAGUUUAGCAGAUAUGGAAGGUGAUGAAGUUUUCGAUCCAACAAAAUUAGGAAAUGCAGAGGAAGUAUCUCAAGAACGCAUAUGUGAUGAUGAAUUAAUUAUACUGAGAGGUCCUAAAGUUCAUCCAUCGGCAAGUAUCAUUUUACGAGGUGCAAAUGACUUUUAUGUCGAUGAAAUGGAACGAUCUAUACAUGAUGCACUUCUGGUGGUCAAACGAGUCCUGGAAAGCAAACGCAUUGUACCUGGUGCUGGGGCUUGUGAAACAGCAGUCUCAAUCUAUCUGGAAAAUUAUGCUUUAACAUUAAGUUCACGUGAACAGCUAGCUAUUGCUGAAUUCGCGCGAGCUAUGCUUUCGAUUCCGAAACAGUUGGCUGUGAAUGCUGGUGUCGAUUCAACUGAACUAGUUGCACGUUUACGAUCCUGUCACAAUUCAAGUCAAAGUAAACCUGACCAAGCUCAUUACAAGUGGUGGGGAUUAGACUUAUCUAAUCAACAUGUGGCUGACUGCAAAGAAUUAGGUGUUUUUGAACCACUUGUUUCUAAAAUUAAAAGUUUAAAAUUUGCUACUGAAGCCGCUAUCACUAUUCUACGAAUUGAUGAUUUAAUUAAAUUAAAAGAAGAGAAACAACCUGAUCAUGACGGUGAUGAGUGUGGUUAUUAA